AUGAAUAGCUCAACGACAAAUACCACUGCAAACACAUCCAUACCUAUCACUAAGAUGGUCAAUGAUUUAUUUUUACAAUGGCUUUCAUUACCAGAUACACGAACGACUUUACAUACCGCUUUGCAAAGCGUUCGAAAUCAUAGCAAAAUGCCUGAUCAUAUUAAUUAUCCAAAAAGCUAUACGACACGUGGCGGCGGAUUUUCUAAACAACAACAUUUCGAUUCGCCACCGGUUUCACCCGUUCCACGAGCAGCUUCAAGUCCACGUAAUGGUUUAUCGUCGAUUUCAUCCACUGGUGAAUUUACUCCUGGCCUAAGUGGCUAUGGAGACGAACGAAAACAACGCUCACUGAAGAAAAAAUAUCCCGUUCUCAACGAUAGUACCUCUGCAUUGAAUGCAUCAAUAACUAGCAGUAGCGUCGAUCAACAACAAAUCUCAGGAGGUAAAAUAUCUCCUCCUCAAAUAGCCAAAUCAGAGCCUGUACCAUCAUCACCAUCAACAAAUGUUAUUCCUAAUCGAACAUCGACGACGACCACACCAUCCGAUGGUGCGAUAUCCAAACCAGCUCAACAGACGCCUAUCGUACAAACAAACACACAGUCUCCUUCGACGACUAUUCGUGAACUGUCUCCGACGCCAUCAUCUCCGAAACCAACUACUUCUGGUGUUGCUUCGCUGCGUGAGCAAUUCGAUAGUAUUGAACAAUCGCCCUCGAUCACAGCGACGAAAACUCCGACAAGAGCAAAAUCACCCGUUUCAGUAUCAGUACCUACGGAAAGUGUUAUACGACCGUCAAUUACUCCAAUAAAACCUGUACCAUCUGUCAAAGAAACAUCACCAAUACCGACGUCAGUUAUUCAACCUGAGGGAACACCGAAGUCAGUUGUAGAUAUUCCAAAAUUUUAUUUUCCUAAUGGAAAGACAACAACACCAUCCUCAAUUGAGUCACUAAUCAACAAACAACUAAAUCAAGCGAAUGAAGAUUUGUUUCAACCAAAACAUGAUAAGUUACACCUGGAAGAUUUUGGUAAACUCGCACAGUUGAUCGAUUUAAGUUUAUACUGGAAAGCACCAUUAUUUCGUGCAUGUGUACAAGAUUCACUAGGAUCGAAAACGACGAUAACACCAACGACAACUGUCUCCUACUCACAAUUCGACAGUUUUUGGAAAAAAAUAUGUCAAACUCAUCACGAUAACGCAUCAAAAUUUGUUCAAAUUCUCGCUCUGUCAUCGCCAUCAUCAACUCUACCAGCCACUCGUUCUUAUUUGACUGUCGAUGAUUGGGAUUAUCUAAUUCAAGACAUCAUUGACACACAUCCAGGAUUAAAAUUUCUUCGCGAAGCACGAGAAUUUCAUUCCCGUUACAUAAAAACAGUCAUAGCACGUAUCUAUUAUAAUUGCAAUAGAUCAUGGUCAGGUAAAUUAACGGUUCAAGAAUUACGACGAUCAAAUUUUCUCUCGAUUCUCGAUCGAAUCGAAGAAGAAGAAGAUAUCAAUCGCAUUCAUGAUUAUUUCUCCUACGAGCAUUUUUAUGUAAUUUAUUGUAAAUUUUGGGAAUUGGACUCGGAUCAUGAUUUAUUAAUAAGCCGAGAUGAUUUAACAAAACACAACAAUGGCGCUAUUUCAAAUAAAAUGAUUGAUCGUAUAUUCUCGGGUGCGGUUUCGAAUAGUGAGAAUAUGAAAGAAGGGAAAAUGUCCUAUUAUGAAUUUGUUUGGUUUCUCAUGUCCGAAGAAGAUAAACGUUCACCGACAAGCAUCGAAUAUUGGUUUCGUUGUAUGGAUUUAGAUGGUGACGGUAUCUUGUCUAUGUUCGAAUUGGAUUAUUUCUAUCAAGAACAAGUACAUAAAAUGGAAAUUUAUGGUAUUGAAUAUAUGCCGUUCGAAGAUUGUAUAUGUCAAAUGCUUGACUUGGUUAAACCAGAAGAAGAUAAUAAAAUACGUUUGAAAGAUUUGAAACGAUGUAAAUUAACUAAUGUUUUCUUCGAUACAUUUUUUAAUCUGGAAAAAUAUUUGGAUAAUGAACAAAAAGAUCCUUUCUCCAAUAUUAAAGAUCCUGAAUCUCCCGAUGUUUCCGAUUGGGUGAAAUUUGCUGAAGCUGAGUACGAUAAUUUAACGCACGAAGACGGUGCCAAUGACAACCUUGAUGAUGUAAAUUACGAUGAAGACUUUGAAGAAGAAGACGAUGCGAAUGGCGCACUUAUAAUUGAACAAUCAGCAAAUAAACGAAUGGGUUCGAAUAGUGUUGUUUCUCCUCCACAACGACUUGCUUCCAAUACAAAAAUAACAGAUUCAGAUGAACGAUGGAAAGAUUAG